AUGGCCUCGGGUCCCGCGGAACCAGCCACCGCCGGCGAGGACGCGGGUGACGUUCGCUUUGCCGAGUUCUCGGACCUGCAGCUGCGGGAGAGGUUGCAGCGCAUACAGAAUGGGCUCGACAGGGGCGUCUACAGCGGCCUCCACGACGGCGGCGAGAAGAUCCAUCAGUUGUGCCGUGACAUCGACCACGAGAUCGCUCGACGCCGGAAGGUUUUCCAGGCCCCGCCCUCCUCCUCUUUCAUCAAUCUCUGUCGCUCCGCCCACUAUGGAGGCAGCAAACCGCACCGCGCUCCGGUGAGUGCGAUACCCUUGGCCGGCGAGGCGGGGGUCGAGGGUGCGGUGGAGGAUAGGCACAGCGCGCUGCACCAGCUUUCGGAUCUUGCUCUGCGGGAGAAGUUGCGGCGUCUACAGGACGGGGUCGGCGUCCUCGCCGGCCACCUCCCUGACGGCGGAAGGAAGUACUUUGCGUACAUCCGUGCCGUCCGUCUCGAGCUCGCUCGCCGCCAGGCCCUGCCCUCCCGCAACCAGUCGGCUGCCGCCGAACCCGGAGCAGGUGCGGUGUCGAAGGUCCUCAUCGUCAUAGCCAUGCAGGCAGAGAUGCUCCCACUCGUCCACCGGUUCCAGCUCCUCGAGGUGCCCACCGGCGAAUCCAUAUUUCCAAAAGGCGCCCCAUGGGCGAGAUACUGUGGCAACUACAAAGGCCUCCACAUUGACCUUGUAUGGCCUGGAAAAGAUCCCGCUCUCGGAGUUGACAGUGUCGGUACAUUAUCAGCAGCUCUUGUGACACACGCUUCUAUACAGUUCUUGAAGCCAGACCUUAUUAUCAAUGCUGGUACUGCUAGUGGCUUCAAGGCCAAAGGAGCAGGCGUUGGAGAUGUCUUCUUGAAAUCAGACGUUGUGUUCCAUGAUAGAAGAAUACCGAUUCCUGUUGGGAAGCUUUCAACCGGCGAUUCUCGAGAUAUGUCUCCGCACGAUGUGUUAGAAAUACUGAGUAAUGGUGCUACAUUAAAGGAUAUGGAGGGAGCGGCGGUGGCACAUGUUGCUGAUAUGUUUUCAACACCUGCAAUCUUUGUCAAAGCUGUGACUGAAAUUGUCGAUGGAGAGAAGCCAAGGGCAGAGGAGUUUCUUCAAAACUUGACUGCUGCUACGAAGGCCCUGGACCAAGCUGUGGCCGAAGUGGUCAAUUUCGUCUGUGGCAAAUGCUUAUCUGAUCUUUGAUCUCCUUUUUGUUGGCAAGAUCCAUGUGACCCUGCUUCAGUGCACUACUCUGCAUAUGUUAUAUGUCAUCUGCUUAAACGUGUUUACGAGAUCCAUGUGACUCUUACUGCAUUCCUUGUGCACACAGUUUCUGGCAAGUACAGGCAGGCACUGCACCUCAGCACAAUCUCCCAUGCCAAACUCCUCUCGCGUGACCGCCACGGCUCCGACGGUCGGGUCGAUGCCGUCCGGCGGGCACCGGGAUGCGGCCUAAUAGCAGGCGCUCAGACCAGACGUGGAAGGCUGAACGGAGGACAGUGGCGCAAGUUGGGAUACGAUAUCCCUCAAAAUCAGACGCAGACACGCAGUGACUCUAAUCAAACACAAUAAUGCAAAAAUGUAUGCACCCCUUUCUCCUCCAGUGCAGCCUUGCCACUGAAGGAUCCAGUGUAGCAUACUGAACUUGUUGAGGUUUAUUUC